AUGAACUUCCAGGCAACACCAAAAGAGAAAGGCUCGAUGGAGGGAUUUGGAAGCAGCGAGUGCACUCUAAUCUGGCAACGUCCUCGCGCGCUCCACAGCUGGAACGAAGUACCAAUGCUUAAACUGAUGAUUUCUGUCAAAUUAAUUGCUGCAGAAACAGGGAACGUUGUCGGCGAAGCGGACACCAAAUUUAAGGCCAUAGUAGAUCCGGAUGCAAUAUGUACAGCGGAGGAGCCGCCUCAUUUCAGGGUUAUUUUUAACUCGGAAAAAGCUCUUUUGGAUCGGAAACACAAAAAUCGAUCCAACUUACAGACCGCCAAGUCAAAAACCGAAUCAAAACGUUUCACAGCAGCACCAUCGGCACCUCCACAGGCGGCACAUUCAAGAGCUGUUGAGAACACAUCAAAAUUCUUGCUUUUUGGAUUUUUAUGUUGCCUGCUCGCUGUUGUUAUUUCUAGGUUACUGGCCGGAGAAUAA